AUACUUUCUAUGCAGGAAGAAGAACAUACAUAUAUAUAUUAUAUAAUACGGGUUCAUGAGACCAGCAAGCUACCACGUAUCACGUGUGCCUUACAAGGCUAAUAAUAAUAUUAGCAGUAACUAAGACACUAAUCACCUACAUAAUACAUAUAUAGGAUAAUUUGCUAAGCAUAAAGCUUCCUGACUGCAUGUUCCUUGGUUUUCUUCCCUCUUGAUACUCAACACAAAACUGAAAGUGCUAAGCUUUGGACUUUUUGGUUUAUUGGCUGCUUUUUUUGGGGGGGAUUCCUGGAAAUGAAUUCAAUUCGGAACUGCUGCUUCUGCUGCUUUCUGAUGCUCCUUUUCAGUUUUGGUGGCACCAUUAUUAGUGCUGCUGUAAUGGUUGGUGGCAGCAGUAGCAGCAGCAGGGUACUUAAUGGCAUUAAGUUGGAGCUUGCGGAGAGCAGCUUUGCCCAAAUCAAUCCCGCAGAUAUCAGAGAGCCUGACAAGAUAGAGCAGCACGUCAGAGAGCUCCUCCCCAAGAUGAACUUUUUCUUCUUCCUUCCAGUCCGGUAGCCCCUUUGGCACCUCUCCUUUCCACUGGAAUAUCUCCGAUAGCUCCCCAACUUCCCCAACCUGCACACAGACAGAGUAACAAUCACUGUGACUAGAGGGAGAUAAUCAAAUCGAAAAGCUCGAUGAACAGUGGUACCAAAUCUUUUCUACUGUUUUUGGCUUUCAUGGGUUCAUUCUAUUUUCUCUUCUCUCUCUCAACAUUUUUCUUUGUUGGGUUGGAAAUGUCUCCUUCGGUUCCUUUUUGGGGAGUGUGAUGGUGGGUUCCCUCUCGCCCCAACACAAACAGACAUUAAAAGGGUAAAGGGAGAAGUUUUGACUAAAAUGGAUUCUCCGCCAUAGCCGCCGCCCUGCACUCACCACAAUCUAGCUUUAGCUUCGCAUCACCAACCAACCCAAAACCCUAACUGGGGAUUUAAGCAAGGGAAUUUCGAUUUUAAAAUGUUGUAAUCACAAUCACCAGCCCACUUGAGGCCAGGGAGCGAAUAAAUUAAGAAUGCCCCACAGGCCACAACCCCAGAAAUCGUGGACGAGAGAAUAUCAUCCGAAAUUCCAAAAUCCAGCUGUGUACUAUAAUCUGGUCAAACCACAGAAAACAAUAACACCCACCACGCCAAACACAAAAAAAGAUAAAAAGAAAAGGAUAGCUAGAGAGCGAAUAUCAAAUCAUGGACCUGCCCUGACAGCCUCAAUGAUCGAAAGAAGAGAGGGAACCCGUUGUAGAUUAAUCAAUAAAUAAAUAAAUUGAGGGAAAAAAACGGCGGAGAGGGGAAAAACGGAAAAAAGGUAGAGAUCAAUCGAAGGGUGCAAAAUUGGGGAAAGCAUUACAUACCAGAGCCAAGAGCAGGUUCCUGGGGCUGUGGAAACGAUCCCAAUCCCUUUCCCUGGCGAAUUCCGCCAUUUUCGUCUUGAGAAGAUCGAGCGACACACUACUGAUCUCCCCUGCUUCCGCCGCCGCCGCCGCCUCCCCCGUCAUUUUUUGUGAUCGCUUUGCCGAAAGAAACAAGCUAAGGAGAGAAGCCAAAACCCCGAGGAAGAUCUCCUAAGGGCGAGGCGAAUGAGUUUUGAUGCGAGAGAGAGAGAGAGAAGUGACAAGAGUAGUAGGGUGGAUUUCUGUUUUGUUUUGUUUAUAUAAAAGAAAGAGAAACAAAAGGAGGGGUAGGGGAUAGCGACGGAAAGUAGAGACGACGACGAGGGGUUGCUUUGGAAAGGGAAAACAAAAUUAUUAUUGUUAUUGUGUAAGUGGUCCGGUACUAUGUGGUAUGGUUCACCGUAAACCUCUGUACCUUUUCUUCUUUUUCCUUGCAGUUAUUUUUUUUGGUUAAUACAAUAUUAGUUCAAAU